AUGGAGAAGCAUUCAGUAAAAAAAAUGUUUCUAACAACAAGACUACCGAGUUCAACAUCCUCAUCAUCCGAUGGUUCAUCAUCUUCCUUAAGUGAUCAAUUAGUAUUGAAACGAGACAAACGUUUGUUUCACUCAAUUGAUUUUAUUUCAGUUUUCAUUAUUGUUGUAUCUUUGUUCACAGCCAUUGUUGAAUCAAGUUUAAGGAAUGAUCUAUAUGAACAAUGUCCUUUAUAUGCCUCUAUUUUUCUACGUAAUCUCACCUACUUUUCUCUUGACUCUACCGAUCGUUCAUCAACGUGGGGUUCAAUUUAUUUAUGUGAUUUCACACUAUUUGCAUAUUUUUCGGUAUUUGUUUUAACAUUCAUCUCAUUAUGGUUACAUAUAGCAUUUCGUCGUGUCGUUAGAACUGAACGUUUAUUACGUUUACCUAUAUGGAUUUUAACCGUUGCUUUUUCCAUAAUAUGUUUGGUAGCCACGUUUGUAAUCACAGUUGGUACUGCGACAUUUUGUUUAAGAAGUCAAGAUGGUUUAUGUUCAAAUGUACCUGCAUUCAGCGUAUUUCGAUGGAAAAUUAUCUCGAUACCAGUUGGUGCGUACAGUACGUACAUGUUUUCGUCUAAGGCUUCGUUUUUUAUUCAUUUAUUCUACGUAGGUGCGUGGUUAUCAAACAUUUCAAUGAUUUUGAUUACUAUAAUAAGAUCAAUUCAAUUAUUUUCUAAACCAAAAAAAUCUCCUGAAGCAUUAAAAUUUCUCCUUCAACAAUUAAUGGACUACAAACAAAGGGCAAAACAAGAAAAAGAAAUAGUGUCAGAUCAUGAUUCGGAACAAAAACAAAAUGCCUUGUCAGACAGUGUAUUCACGCAGAAAAAUAAAAAACAGAAGACUGGAAAGCGUACGGUCAAAAAACAUGAACAGAUUCCAAUGGAUCGCUAUGGCGAACAUAGACAUACUCAACAUUUUCGUCCAUAUGAUCAUUUUCAAUUGCCUUCAUACUCGAUUGACAGACGUCCAGUUGUGAGAAGACUUCAUCAAUCACGUUCAUGUUUUGAAUAUAUCAAAAAUUGUUUUUCUUGUUUUCGUCAUCGGAACGUCCCACAACUCAUAGAAGCAGAAAACUAUACACCAUUUUAUAUUCCAGAUGAAUACUUUGAUCGACUCAAUUAUUUGCGUUCAAAUCCGGCGGAACGUUAUCUCUGUCGUGAUUUCACUUUAGAUCGUCCAUUAUGUAAACAACAUUCUACUAACCGACAAUCAGAUUUACCUAUUCAUGAUCAAGAAUUGUUGAAACAGAAAAUUCCUCAGCAGAAAUCUCAGUCAACUUCAACUUUAAAUAGUCAACGAGACAAUGCUACAUCUACGGUAUCAUCAGACGAUGUUGUUCCAGAACAAAAUUAUUUACAUCGUCGACGAAGUUCUGUUUAUUUUGAAGAUGAGAAAGCACCUUCUAAAGAAACAGAAUCCGAUAAACCGUCUGAAACAAAGCAAGAACUUCCACAAGAAGUCUCCUGUCGAAAUAAUGAAGACGAUAUAUGGACAACGGUGACUAUCAGUCAAGAAAUCACAACACAAUCUGGCCAUUUUAAUCGACUAUCUUUCGAAAAUGUGGCUAUUAUACCUACAAAUAAUCUCGAUAUACCAGACAAAGUAGAUGAACGUGACAUCACUCAGGUACACGUUACGUCUGAAGCAUUGUUACCAUUCCCAGAAGAAUUUAAUAAAGAAGUCAGUCAGCAGCAACCAUCUGAAAACAAUAACAAGAGUAAUAAUAAAUUUUCUAUAGAGAAUUCACAUAAAUCAUUUCCUCACACAAUGAAACAAUUCAACUCUUUAUCCCAACAAAAAUCAUUAACAGCGAACAUCAGUUAUGAUAAUAAAACUCGUGCAUUCAAAACUGAGGACAAUCAACAACAAGCACAAACUAUUGCUUCGUUUACACCACCAUCAAACAAUAAUUCGCUAUUAUUAUCACCAAAACAACAAACGAUUGACGAUAAUUCAUCUUCCUCCUAUAUUAACGAAAUAAAGUCAUUCGAAGAAAUAGAUACGGGAGGAAAAUAUAAUUAUAACGAUUUAGCUGAAACAUUAAAAUCGAAUGUUCAACGAUUAAGAAAUACGUUUCUUGUAGAUAAACAAACAGAGAAUGAUAGUGUAAAACAACUAACUGAAAAUAAGAUAAUACCACCGUACUUGUAUAAAACGACAAAUUCCUAUCCUAGUUUGAAUAAUGAAACAAUUGAAAAUAAUAACAACAACAGCAACAACAACAAUAAUAAUUUUAUUACUACGAAUCAUAAUACUAGUGAAUCGAACGGUAGAUUAACUUAUACAGAAUUAUUACCUGUAACUAACAUUUCAAGAAAAUCAUCAUUUUGUUAA